UUAACUGUAGGCUGUUCCUAAUCUUAAGGGUAGUAAUUCGGGGUUGUCAGUCAUGUCAUGGAAUAUGGGUUCUUUUAGUCUCCGAAUGCGCAGGGGAGGUAUCUGAAACAAUCAAGACUUAGAUUUCAUUUAAUUUUUUUCAUAACUGCUGCAGCAACUAUAAAGAAAAACAUAAAUUUUCUUCUUUAGAACUGUAUUUAUUCAAUUCAAAAUAAUCAUCCAUUAUUCUCAAAGAGACUUAAAUAUAUGACCAAACGGGGAGAGAGAAAGUAAACUCAAAGUCAAAGUAUCAUAACUCAAGCGUCUAUUAAAACUUACCACCCCGUUACCAGCACCAUAACGAGGAAACGUAACCGGGUUAACGUUAAAAAUAGCCUAAUAAAAUGAUGUAAAAUUUCCGAGACAGUCAGACUAUCGACCAUUAAUAUUCAAAAACAUCGAUGUUUUAUUGUGAUAGUGGAUGUGGAUGUUUACACCGAUAUUAAAUAUCGAUGCUUUCUGUCCAUGUCGCAUCCCUAAAGUUAAAUCCAGGGGUAGGGGUAAUAUAGAGUUGAAGGAAAAUCAAUAGAUGCAAACAAAAUGAAUACUUUAUAUAUUAAUAUUUCAAAAGAUCAAUUACCCAUUAUUUAUAGAAAAGAAUAUAAUGUAAAAUUUUGUGGAUUGGAAAAAUUGCAUCCUUUUGAUACUCGGAAGUGGGAAAAUAUUUUCAAGAUUUUAAGUGAUAGUGGAAUGAUAUCUAAAAAGACUAUAGUUGCACCAAAAGAAGCUGAGAAGAAACAUCUUUUACUGGUUCAUAAGAAGAAGUAUCUUAAAAGUCUAAAGUGUAGCUUUAAAGUUGCAAAAAUCACAGAGGUCGCAGCAUUCGUUUUAGUACCAAAUUGCCUAAUUGAAAAAGCCUAUUUGAGACCUAUGAGAUUUCAGACUGGAGGCUCAGUUCUUGCCGGGAAACUCGCUCUGGAUAGAGGUUGGGCUAUAAACAUAGGAGGCGGAUUUCAUCACUCCUCAUCAUCAAAAGGUGGUGGAUUUUGUGUAUAUGCCGACAUUACGUUGCUCAUUAAUUUCUUAUUUUAUUAUUUUCCUAAACAGGUUCAAAAGGUUAUGAUCUUAGACUUGGAUGCGCAUCAAGGCAAUGGAUAUGAAAAUGAUUUUAAGGACAACGAGAGUGUUUAUAUUAUGGAUGUAUAUAAUGAAUGGAUAUACCCAAAAGAUGCCAGAGCUAAGCAAGCGAUUAAAAAAAAUGUUCCUAUUGAUUAUUUUAUGGAUGAUGAGAAUUAUUUACGUACCAUAAAAAAACAUUUUACCGAAGCUCUAGAUGAAUUUCAUCCAGAUUUACUGGUUUAUAAUGCUGGUACUGACAUACUUAUUGGUGAUAGACUAGGAGGAUUAUCAGUGUCUGAACAGUGCGCGGAAUUUCAGCUAUUAAAUUUAUACAGAAUACAAAAUAGUAGGAAUGAGUUGGAAUCUAAGCUUAAACAUAUAUUGCGGCUCUUAAUUAUCCCCCCUCCCUUUUAUCUUUUGAAUGUGUUUAUAUAAAAAUUUAAAAUUUGGCAACCUACAUCAUUAGCAACCUGCAUGCUACUUUGUGGUCGCUAGCUUAUUUUGCAAAACUUCAAAAUGGCGACAGGACGUCAAUUUUAAAAAUGAAAUUAAAUAGACAGGGGGAUCAUGUCUUACAUCGUUUGAAAGCUUCCAUUAAAUGAUUUAAAGUCCUAGAAUAUUAAGUCAUUACUUCUACCCAUAGCUAAAUGGCAGCCGCCCAAAACCUUAUUUUUCGCAUUAGAUAAUAGUCGAUAAGAUAAUAGGCUGGUAGCAAAGGACAUGGAUAUUGAAUAAACAAAUGUUCUGAAAAUACAACAUACGAGUACGAAUAAAUACCACCCUUAUAAGAUGCAAGUUCAUCAAGAACACUUGGAAGGAGACUUUGCGAGGCGUCUUGAAUUUUGUGAGCUUUUGCAAAAUAUGUGUUUGGAGAAUCGAUAUUUGGUGAAAAAUAUCCUUUUUCCAAUGAAGCCACAUUCUGCUUGAAUGGUGGCGUAAAUACUCAGAACUAACGGGACUGGUCCGACAUAAAUUCAUACGGGAUGAGGGAAGGAUAUACA